AUGCAGAAUUCAUAUUGGUCCUGCAUUGGUUUAUUCGAAAUGCGCAAGAUGUGUUGUCAUUGGCAUGCACCACCGUAUGAAUCAAAUAUAAUAAACGUCGUUGACGUCUCUCUCCCAGGUGAUUACCUCCAAACCGGAAUGUCACAUUCACCAACGUUUACGAUCUACGUCAAACUUUUUGGAAUGUUUUACAAGUUUCUGGCUGCUCUAGCGGUGCUGAUAGAAGUUGUUGAUACUACGGUGGAUGUCCUUGUGGCACCAGAUCUCAGCGAAUAUGAUAUCGAAGAGAUUGUAAAUAGUGUGACGUUUUUAUCGGAUCCAUCGUUGACAGAUGAGCAAAAGCUGGAGAAAUGUAAAGAAAAUAACGUCACAGAAAACCCUGAAGAGACGGUAAAGAAGGAGCUCAAAUUUAUGGAUGUAGGGCAACUAGUUUAG